GACGAAAACUAAACAGAAAGUUACCAUGAUAAAAGUUAGACAUUUCUUUAAAAUUGCAGCAACAACAUCAGUUUCCCUUGUAAAUCAAUAACCUUCCCCCCCAGGGUCCGAGGUUUGCUCAAGUUUACAAGGCAUCGCUCUUUAAACACUAACAACAAUUACACUGACAGAAAGAAUGCGCGAGCCAGUUAGCAUUAGCCAGCUAUCAGCGUGCUGACAGCAGCGACAGGAGGCGAACAAAAGAUUUCUCUGCAUUUGUCCGCUUGCUCUGACACUCGGUCCAUGUAGAAGGGGUGAUUAUCAACACAAUGCCCGUGUUACUUUUUCUGAUAGACACGUCCGCCUCCAUGAACCAGCGCUCCCAUCUGGGCACUAGCUAUCUGGACAUAGCGAAGGGCGCAGUUGAGACUUUCCUGAAGUUGAGGAGCAGAGAUCCGGCAAGCAGAGGAGACAGAUACAUGUUAGUGAGUUUCGAGGAAGCGCCGGCUGGAAUCAAGGCUGGAUGGAAGGACAGUCAUGCCACUUUUAUGACAGAGCUCAGGAACCUACAAGCAAUUGGAUUGACAACGUUUGGCCAGUCUUUAAGGACCGCUUUUGAUUUGCUCAAUCUCAAUAGAUUAGUUUCGGGGAUAGACAACUAUGGACAGGGUAGAAACCCCUUUUUCUUGGAGCCUGCUAUUAUUUUGGCCAUAACUGAUGGAAACAAGCUGACCAGCAGUUCAGGGGUCCAAGAUGAGUUACAUUUACCACUGACAACACCGUUGCCAGGCAGUGAGCUGACCAAAGAGCCAUUUCGAUGGGACCAGCGACUCUUCUCUUUAGUGCUCCGCAUUCCAGGCCACAUCUCCCAUGAUCCUGAACCAAUAGGGGGAGUUCCACCUGACACCUCCCCAAUUAGACCCAUGUGUGAAGUCACAGGAGGCCGGUCAUACAGCGUGUUUUCCCAGAGAAUGCUAAACCAGUGCCUGGAGUCUCUGGUGCAGAAGAUCCACAGUGGAGUGGUCAUCAAUUUUGAGAAGACUGGACCUGACCCUCAACCCACUGAAGAUGGUCCAGCAGAGGUGAAGUUUGGACCGCAGUCAUGGCACAGCUGUCAUAAACUCAUUUAUGUCAGACCAAACCCUAAAACUGGUGUUCCUGUGGGCCACUGGCCUAUCCCAGAGUCUUUUUGGCCUGAUCAAAACUCACCUACUUUGCCUCCACGGGCAGCUCACCCACAGGUGAAGUUCUCAUGUGUAGAUUCAGAGCCCAUGGUUGUGGAUAAAGUACCCUUUGACAAGUACGAGUUGGAGCCUUCACCUCUCACUCAGUUUAUACUGGAGAGGAAAUCGCCACACACCUGCUGGCAGGUUUUUGUGUGUAACAGUGCGAAGUAUGGAGAACUUGGGCAGCCAUUUGGCUAUCUGAAGGCCAGCACAGCUCUCAACUGCGUCAACCUUUUCGUCAUGCCCUACAACUAUCCUGUGGUGCUGCCUUUACUUGAUGACCUGAUAACUGUGCAUAAGUUUAAGCCUCCAGCAAAAUGGCGACAGUCUUUUGAAAACUAUCUUAAAGCAAUGCCCCCCUACUACAUUACUGCCCUGCGGAAAGCACUUAGAAUGAUGGGAGCUCCAAACCUGUUAGCUGACAGCAUAGAGUAUGGCCUCAGCUACAGUGUUGUGUCCUACCUCAAAAAGCUCAGUCAGCAGGCGAAGGUAGAGGCUGAUAGAGUUUGCGCAUCAGUAGGAAAGAAGGCGGCACCAGAGGGCGGGAUUAAACUUCGCUGCAGAAGCUCCGCCCUCUCUCUUGCACACAGGAAGGAUUUCACACAGCUGCUGCACAGUAUCAUAGGAGAUGGGCCAGCUCUGCCAUUGGAGGCAAACCCCAAGGAGUUUGCUGGGUUUCAGCUAGCUGCUCUGAAUAAAGCAUUGAAACCACAAGGAUUGCGGAACCCAUAUGAUAUCCCAAGAGCUCAUCUGCUGGACCAGCUGAGCCGAAUGCGGAGGAACCUCCUGCAUGCCAGCAUCUGCAUUCUGAAAGGACAGGAUCAAGAUCAGCUUCACAGUGUGCCCAUUGCUCAGAUGGGCAACUAUCAGGACUACCUGAAGCAUUGCCCGGCCCCUCUGAGAGAGGCUGAACCUGACCAGCCUAAACGUCUGCACACCUUUGGCAACCCCUUCAAACUGGACAAGAAGGCGAUGAUGGUGGAUGAAGCAGAUGAAUUUGUUACUGGCACUCAAGGCAAAGGCAAACGUCCUGGAGAACCCAGCAGUACUGCAGUGGGAGGGGCUCCGAAACGCAGACGCUGCAUGUCUCCUCUGCUUCGUCCAGGGCGAGCCUACACUCCUCCAAAAACACCACCCAGAACUCCAGAAAAUGAUCACACAGCAUUGGACGACGACAUCACUAACCAUCUCGAGCCAAAUCAUAGCCUAGACAGUGAGCCGAGUCCAGGACCGGAGUCUGCUUCCCUUCAGCAGAGAAACCACCUUCAGCCAGAUGAGGCUGAGAACCAGCAGGAGGAAGUGCUGGAGAAUGGACAGUCCAGCGAGAAUGAGCUGUCUCUAGGCAGUGAGGGUGAAGAGGAGUCCCCCAGGUGCUACCCUUCCCUGUGCAAGCUUAAGAAGAUCAGAAAUCAAGAAAGCCAGGAGCUGAACUCUAAACUCCGAGUGCUCAUCACCAAGGAGAUCAGGAAACCUGGGAGACGUUAUGAGAAAAUCUUCUACCUCCUCAAACAAAUCCAGGGAAGUUUGGAAAUAAGGCUGAUUUUCUUGCAAAGCAUAAUCAAAGAGGCUGCCAGGUUUAAGAAGAGGGUCUUGAUUGAGCAACUGGAGAACUUCUUAGAGGAUAUUCACUUGAGAGCAAAUGGCAUGAAUCAUCUGGAUGGUUUCUGAGCACUCUAUUUUCCCUACUUGAAGGACUUGCACACAUAUCUGCACUAUUUAUGUAACUUACUUGGGACUCUUGUGUUUUGGGUCUUUAGCAGUAUUGAAGUUGAUUUUAUUGAUGAGGAAUUUGGGUGUAAUUUCUGAACCUCAGGGCUGGGGGGCAUAAUGAUUCUUUCUUUCUAACAGACACACAAACGCACUGUUCUUUCUCAGUCCAUUUUUCUUUCUAUUUGUGCCAAAAAUGAAUUGACACAUGGUGUCAGAUUUGUCCUUGGCUCAUUUGCUUUACUGCAUCCCCCCACCAUCUCUUAAUCACCAAUAUAAACAUGCUCUUGUUUAAUUUCAAUCUGGAAUAGCACCUUUACAAACUCUCCACUGCAUUCAGUCUCAGACUGUCAGAUUACUGGUGGGACUUCUUGGGUUGGAUUUCUCUAAUAAAGAGACUAAAUCAGCAAUAUUCUACACCAAUAAAAGGCGUGUUAUCAAGCAAUUCUUUAAUGUUGGAGCCUUGAGUUGCUUUGAGAGUCUAUAAUUACUUUUAGACUUGCACACACCACACUCCAAAAGUAAUUGUUUAAAAAAAAUAACUCAAGAAUUAUGUAAUUUCAAAAGAUUUGUCAGAGGGACAUGUUUUUGACAUUUUGUUCUUGUAAUUCUUAAGCAAUUUCUUUCUCCUUAAUCAAAAAGAUGUUCUACGUUUACGAACCUUUUGCCACUUAAACAUCUGAUGUUUUGUACUAUGUGGUUUUCAGACCACAUGUGCUUUUGUAAACUUUGAGGUCUCUUAUUUUUGCUGAACAUUGCAAAUGAGGUAUCUUUUUUCAGCAUUAAGUAACCAGAUUUUAGUUACACUGAGGCUACAAUAGGAUGGAUUUAAAAAAAAAAAAUAAAAAUACAAUUGACAGGAAAGAUGUCCAAAUGAGUGAGAAGGCCUUUUUUUCCCUCCCCUUCCAAAAAUGUAAUUGUUUACGCAUCCAAGAUAGUCACUUAUUCAUUGACAUGGGAGGCAGUUGCUGCUAAUGUUUCCUACAUUACUGCCAAAUAUUCAGUUUCCCUAUUUUUUUUUUUUUUUUUCUUCCUGUCUCUUGACUUGUCUCUGUCCCUUUUAUCCCUGCACCCUAAUGUAGGGACCAACUCUUUGCCAUAUAUGUAUCGAUAAAGAUAAAUGAGUAGCUAAAAAAAUAAAGUAUGUUUAAAAUGCUGUAUAUAUGUACAUGGUGACAUUGAAAGUAUUAUUUAAGAGAUUGUUUGGUGGAAAGCCUCUUUUUUGUAUGUAUUUGAAUAAAGUCUAUUUUAUAA